AACCUGACUAUAUAGGACCGUUCCUAUUCACUGAGCCCAGAACCUGACUAUAUAGGACCGUUCCUAUUCACUGAGCCCAGAACCUGACUAUAUAGGACCAUUCCUAUUCACUGAGCCCAGAACCUGACUAUAUAGGACCGUCCUAUUCACUGAGCCCAGAACCUGACUAUAUAGGACCAUUCCUAUUCACUGAGCCCACGGACCCCUCUGCGCAUUGCCAGACCCCAUAGUUUCCUCUUCCCUGAGACCCCCCUGUAGCACAAUGAGAGCUCUCUCUGCUGUGAUGGUCACCCUGUUAAUUGUUGGGGUGUCUGCCCGACCUUCUCCUCAGCUCAGGCACUUAAAGACCUUGGCUGACCUGCUAUCCCGGGACCUCUCCUCGUCUGAGGAGCUGACAUUCUGGGACAACCUAGAAGAUCUGGAGAUGCCGUCGGGCCCCCGGCCCCGAGAGUCACCUCUGCCCCUAGAUUCUGCCCAGUUGCCCCCCGGCCGUGCCUGGCUCCGACUCUUUGGAGACUUCAUGAGCAAUCAAAAGAAAUUUCGGGGGCGCACAAAGAAAACCGGGGUGUCCCGUGGCUGCUUUGGGAUGAAACUGGAGAGAAUAGGAGCUAUCAGUGGCCUGGGAUGCUGAGUGGGUAGGUGGAUUUCCCCACAUAACGACUCCCCCCUUGGGAUGAAAGUACCCCCUCUCCCCUUUCUGCAGACGUCAGUCUCCUGUAACCAAGGAAACGACUGGAUCCUGACUAUUCGGGUUCUUCCCGAUAUGCAAGAAAAGACUUGUUUUUGUGAGCCAAUUAAAGUUGACUCCCCCCAAGCUGGGGGUAACCCCGCCCCCAUUCGCCACCCUGUGUGCUCCUCCCCCUUCCCUUAGUGGAACCGUCGGCUUUAACGUGUCCGUUUCUCUGUGUCUCGUUGUGUUGGAACCAAACGACGGAUCUUCUCCUGAUAUUACGGAACCGAAAUGUUUUUGUGUGGGACAGUCUCGUGCGGUCACUUCCCCCCCAGAACCCUCUCUGUGUGACUCCUACGGUCUAAUAAAGUGCAACUCUCUCCCCGUCCCCGGGGGCGUCCCCGGCACAAUCUCGUUUUGCUUUAAC